AUGCUGCGAUGCGAAACAGUCGUCGUCAAUGUGUACUCGGUACAUGUGGUGGGCUGGUGGCGGCGGCGAGGUCGACUUGACCCCACACCGCCCACCUUUGUCGCAUCUCCAACACAUCUCGCAGCCCAGCUCCAGCCCAUCAAAUCGUCCAAGCCGGCGACAGGAUGGGGCCAUGGUGCCAUCCGCCUCUCAAGUGCGUGCUAUUUCGAAAAGCCCUUUGGUCGUACCGCCAUGAGCCUGGAGCCCCGGCAUCUGCGAACGGACGAGCUGGUCCACAGUGGCCGUGGCAACUGGGGCCCGUCAAACGCCGCGGUGUUUGACCAAACGCUCUGA